UACACAACAACAAUGAACUAUUAAUUAUUACUACCGUAAUAAAAAUGUAUGUUAGAUCUUCCUUUCUCCUCUCUGAUGUUGUUGUGAGACUCUUGGGCAGGUGCUGUAAAGAAACAAUGCAUUAUAAGCACUGACUCAUGUUUAAUUUAAGAUUAUCUGUUUUUGCAUUCUGCAGCUGAACUGUUCCCCACCCAGGACCUGCCAUGCUACAGCCACAGCAUGUGGGAACACCACAUUCCCACAGCCAAACCAGUCAUGGGUCCUCCCUGACGAAUUCUAUGUCUGUAAUAAUAUGUGUAACCUAACGGUAGAGGAGGCAGUUUCCCUUGAGGGGGCUACAGUAAAGCAAUCAGAAUGCCCCCUCUGGCAUGCUGAGCGGCAGAAACGGGUCACAGCAUCCAUGUUUGGAAAGAUCCUGAAGAGAAAAAAAGAGUACAACAUCAAGUUCCUGACAGGCCUGUUUGGCACCAAGUCUGCCCACAGUGUCUCUCUUGCGUAUGGUAAGAGUCACGAAGCCCAGGCUAAGGAGGCAUACAUCCGCACCUUUGAGUCAUCUAACCAAGCUGUUCAUAUUCAUGAGUGUGGUCUUGUUGUCGACCCUUUCUUUUCCUUUCUGGGAGCCUCCCCUGAUGCUAAAGUGUGUUGUGGGGCGCAGACUGGCAUUCUUGAAGUCAAGUGUCCCUACAGCGCUCGAAACAUGACUGCCAAGGAUGCCAGUCUGAACCUUCCCAACUUCUACUUGAAAGCAGAAGGGGACUCCUUGUCUUUAGAUAGGAGUCAUGAGUAUUUCUACCAAGUCCAAGGGCAGCUCUUGGUCACAGGGGCACCCUUUUGUGACUUUGUCUGUCACUGUGUUGACACACACGUUGAGCGAAUCCUCCCUGAUGUGCAGUUCUGCCAAGAUAUGCUUGUUCAGUUGGCAAAGAUUUACAAGACACAUGCUAUGCCGUUUGUUCAGCGCAUCACUCAAAAUACCCAUGUUGACUAAAUAU